AUGGAGUCAGACAUCUCACAAGCCUUCCAGAAAGAACUCACCUGCUUCAUCUGCCUGAGCUGCCUGACAGACCCAGUCACCAUAAACUGUGGCCACAGCUUCUGUCGAGCCUGCCUCCUCCUUUCCUGGGAAGACAUCAAACCUCCUGUCCAAUGUCCUAUGUGUAGGGAACCAUCACAGAAGGACUUGAGAACCAACAUUGUUCUGAAGAAGCUGGUGUCCAUUACCAGACAAACCAGCCUCCUGAAGGACCUGAGCUCUGAGGAGCAAAAGUGUGUGACCCACAAGGAUACUAAGAGGAUCUUCUGUAUUGAGAACAGAAUCUUCCUCUGUCCACUCUGCUCUAACUCCCAUGAGCACAGAGGACACAGACACUGUCCCAUUGAAGCAGCUGCUGAGGAUCAAAUGGAAAGACUUCUAAAGCAAAUGGCAUCUUUAUGGGAGAAGAUCCAAGAAAAUCAAGAGAAUUUAGAGGCAGAGAACAGAAUGACAACUCAGUGGAUGAACUACCUGACUCUGCAGGAACAAAUGAUCAGGUCAGAGUAUACAAAACUGCACCCACUCCUCUGUGAGGAGGAAGUGCAACACAUCGAGUCUAUGAGAAAUGAAGGCCAAUGUGUAUUAGGGAAACUCAGGAUAAGUGAAGCCAUGAUGGUCCAAAAGAGCAAAGAACUAAGAGAAAUGUUUCAGGAGCUGAUGGCAAUGUCCCAGGAGCCAUAUGUGGUCCUGCUGCAGGAUUUGGAUGACAUGUUCAGAAGGAGUGAGUCAGUGCAGCUGAGCAUGCCCCCAUCCAUGAAACCAGAACUCACUGCUCUAACUAUCACUGGACUGACUGAAAGUUACAACCAGUUCCAAGCUGACAUUGUCUUUGAAAACGUAACCAUCCUUCAUUCCUCGAUGAACCUAUUUAAUGCCAUGAGAAGAUUCAGCUUCAGAUUUCACCAUAAAGAUACACCUGCAGAUUCUGCUGGAUUUUAUUUUGCUUCCUGGGGAUCACAGAGCUUCAUCUCGGGGAAAUAUUACUGGGAGAUUGAUUUGAAUGACACUUGUGAAUGGGCUGUGGGGGUCUGUAAGGAUUCCCGGUUAAAGAGUAGAAACCAACUGAUUGAAGCUGAGGGUGCAUUUCUUCUCGUGUGUGUGAAGGAGGGUAAUCAUUACAGUCUCCUCACCACAUGCCCAGUAUCCCGGCACUACGUAGAGAAGCCACUGGGCCAGAUGCUUUUGGACCCAAUGGGAGGCACGGUGAGGACCAAUGAAGGCAAUGCCAUUCUUCAAGAGAUUCAAGUCCCCCAUCCAUCAGCCAAAUCCAUGGUUGAAAUUAGCAGGACACAGGAUGAAGAGGUUGGAGAUGAGACCACAUCAGUAAUUAUUCUUGCAGGAGAAAUGCUGUCUGUGUCUGAGCACUUUUUAGAGCAGCAGAUGCACCGAAAAGUGUCUGAUUUCAUCAGAAUUCGAAUCAUGCUAAUCUACUUGAUUGACAUCAUCCUGAAACAUGAAUAUAAGUUUUCAGGACAGAUUGGUGUGAUGGUGACUGUUAUUUUUAUGCCAUUUCUUCAUAAAUCUAACUUCUUCUUGUCUUCUUUGCAGGGAUUGGAUGACAUAUUCAGAAGCACCAGGCAGAUCAAUGUCUUCUCUUGCAGUAGUGAGUCAAUGCACUUGAGCAUGAUCCAAACCAUGAAACCAAAACUCCAAGCCCUACCCAUUACUGGACUGACUGACAGUUACAAUCACUUACAAGUAUUCCAGCACUAUAUAGAGAAACCACUGGGCCGAGUUGGUGUGUUCCUUGAUUGUGAGGAUGGAUGUUUAAGUUUUAUGAAUGUUGCCAAGAGUUCCCUCAUAUACAGGUACCCUCCUGGCAUCUUCAAUUAUCCUGUCUGGACUUUCUUUGCCAGUGGUCAUAUGUGGGGAACUAGCAAUCCAAGGCAGGAGGAUCCCGAGUAUAAGGCCAGCCUAGAAGGCUUGCUAAGGAGAAGCUUUGGCCUGGGCCCAGACACAAAUGGUGGCUGUGGGGCCAUGGAGACAGUGGUUGCUGCUCCAAGCCACAAGGUGCUUCUUAUCAUGUUGGUGACUGUGGUGAUGCUGCUACCUGGGAUGAAUAAUUUACUGCUACUUGUUCAGAGAAGAAUUGUCAGGACCAUCAAUUACAAGAAAGCAUCAGCAAAGAUUCAAUGA